UGUGCAAGAGAAGAGGGGGCUUCACCACCAUGAUGAGAGGACUGGCUCUUUUGGUUCUUCUAACAACACUGUACCCGAUUGGAGCUGCAGAGGUUCCUGGACAGGUCUCUUUGACUGUGGCUGAACUUGGUGCAAAUGUUACGUUUCAGUGUCCAGUUUCUGAGAAGGAACGGAAUGAUUUAUUUUUCUGGUACAAGCAGCGACUUGGAUGUACGAUCCAAACUGUUGCUACAGGAACUUUCACAAAACAAAUCCUUAGUCCCCAAUUUAACAACUCACGUUUCAGAGUCACAGCAGGAGAAACUUCUCUGACCAUCAUGAAUAUCAGCAAAGAGGACGAAGCAACAUACUUCUGUCUCGUUGGAACAGUGUAUUCACAACGUUUUGGUGAUGGCACCUUCUUGGCUGUGAAAGAUGGAGGUCUGCAGAAAUCCUUCUACGUGAAACAAAGUCCGGAGGCUGAGUCCGUCCUGCCGGGCGACUCGGUGACCCUCCAGUGUUCUCUGGUCUCCAGGGACAAAGACGACGGGGUCCAGUGUCCACAUGGACGCAGCGUGUUCUGGUUCAGAUCUGGAUCAGGAGGAUCCCAUCCAGGCAUCAUUUACACUCAGGAUACACAACCGGGGAACACAAGUUGUGUCUAUCGUCUGUCCAAAAGGAUCCAGAACUCCUCUGAUGCUGGGACUUACCACUGUGCCGUGGCCUCAUGUGGAGAGAUCCUGUUUGGUGGAGGAACCAGAGUGGACACAAAUUUAAAACUGGUUGUCAUAGUUCUUGGUGUUCUGUUGGCUUGCUGUGUGACUGUGAUCGUCCUCCUUAUUUUCUACGUGAAUCAAAACAGAGUUAAAGAAGCAACAAGUGUCGCCUGUAAUCCUGCACAAACCCAGUGGACAGCAGAUCAAUCAGCUAAUCAGGACGGAGACGGAGAAGUCAGUAAUUAUGCAGCACUGAAUCUUUCCACAAGACAAGUGAACAGAGUGAAGAAAAGAGAGCCUUCACAGGACUGUGUGUACUCCGCUGUGCGAGUGAACCACAACACACAACUCCACCUGUAGAGCAGCGAGGCUUCUCAAUGGACGGACUUUACUCAGUUUUGAAUGUUUUAAACUAAUGACGCGAACUUCAUACUUCAUACUUCACACACAUGUCAGCACGCUGGAACGUGACUGGUUGUCGAGGCUGAAGGACGUCAGUGCCUGAAGAAGAAGUAUGCGAGUUUUCCCAAAAAUGCCAAAGAACCAAAAGGGCAUACGCAUAGCUCCAACGGACAUUACGGCCUGCAGGGGAGGGGUGGGGCGCAGACGUCGAGGCCGACGGAAGUGCGGCGCAAAACGGAUCUAAAACACAACGAGCCUCUCGUAUGUCAGAACUUCUUAUGCGUAGGGACCUUCCUUUAAUUCUCACAAUAGCAAAGUCCCUCUGCGGGCAGCACUGGAUGCCGCGGCAGCCCGGAUUUAGCCCACGGGCCGCCAGUUUGACACGUGGUGUAGAGCAGGGGUUCUUAACCUUUUUCACCUCUGGGCCCAACUUUUCAACUGGUUCAUGACGUCAUCCGUCGCCACACACAGCUUAAAUUCCACCGACUCCUCCAGGAAGUGCGCCUGGAUGACGCUGCUUCAGGCUGACCAGCAGCCUGAUGACCUGUUGUGUGGCUCGGUGCCAGCGUCUCUCGGUUAGACACCAACUAACGUACAGAUGUUCAGUCUCAGCUGCUUGUGUGUCCCCGCCGCUUUGUACCCGCGGCCCUCUAGGUGGAGAUCCACCAUCUGGUGUAGAGAACCUUGAAAUCUUUUUAAAAUUAUUUUUUUUAAUUGCUACCGUGUCCACAAUUAUUAUUUCUCAUGUGUCAUUUUUGGCUUAGAAGUUAUUGAAGAGCUAAUAUUCCUCAUGAUCUCCAAACGAUCUCCUCAACAAAGGAGCGAACACCGAGUUAAACGAGACUCAAGGAAACCCAGCAAACCCAGCGCACAAUAAGGUUAAGCAUUGUUUAAUGAGAGAGAGUCUAUAUUUAUGAACUACAUAAUUGGGUGACAAAGUUAACCGCUUUCAUGCCUCACUUUUCCGAAAAAGAUCUACUUUGCUUUGAGUUUUUCCUUCUUUCUUUUGACUUCUAAUUUACUAACACACCUGCCCCUCCACACAUAAAGAAUUACCUGCAGACAGAGGUUUUUACUAUGUGAGGAACACAUGGUGUGCAAACACAGCCUGCUACCAACAUGGAUUGCCAUGUGGUUGGUAACUUAGCGUCCAGCUAGCUCCCUUCCUGAGCUCUCCCCUCUAUAUCUCACACACACACACACACACACA